AUGAGCAGAAUAAAAGUAUCAAAAUCACCAUCUUCACCAGAAAAAAUCGAAGAGAACGAGGAUUUGUUGACUGAAAUCCUCCUGCACCUUGGCGCCAAAACGUUAAUCAGAUUCAAAUGCGUCUCCAAACGAUGGUCCACAAUCAUCUCCUCCACUUAUUUCUGCCACCGCCAUGUCUUCCGCCACGCCAACAUCACCAAGGUCUCUAGCAUUUUCUUGGAAUCCGGAGAAGAUGAUGAUAACAAAAACCGUUACUUCAAUAACCAUAACGAUAUCAAGCCGUUAUCCUUAGAGAACGGAAGUCACGGCUCAUCAUCUCCCUUCGACUCCAUCGAAAUCCACCCGAAGGACCUUGCCUACAUUGUGCAAUCAUGCAAUGGCCUCUUGCUUUGCAGAAUAUUACACCACCACAAAAAUCGAGCAUUCUUACCAAUAGAAUCGUUCUUUGUCUGUAACCCAACCACUGAAUGCUUCAACUUCCUCCCCGAUCCCUACAAGGCUCUUGACACCGAUAGCCACGAAUCAUCGCCAUGGUUGUAUAUGAACUUCGCUUUUGAUCCCUCAACUUCGUCGUCUGCGUACGUUGCUAUCUGCGUAUGGAAAUUUAAAGCAGUUAAAAAUUCAAGCCGCUCGCGCUUUGAAACAAUGGUAUACUCUUCGACUGAUGAAGCCGAGCCUGGUUCUUGGAGGCCGUGUGGGUCCCUCUCAUGGCUCCAGCCAAGUUCGAAAUUCAUAACGGAGUUUACUUCAACGGUUCAGUGCACUGGAUGGCUUCGUUGA